AUGGUCUUUUUUUUUAUAGACUUAGUUGCAGGGGUAGAGGACCUGCUUGUCAAGCACGAACAUUUAUUGACCCUCCAGAUGUCUUUUGAUGCCACCUCUGGUUGUAGGGUCUGUCCUGAUGGGUGGGCUCACAACAGUGGGAAGUGCUACCUCUUCUCCUCCACUGGAAAGACCUGGAGUCAGAGUCGAGAUCACUGCAUCACAUUAGGGGGGCAUCUGGCCAUUGUGAACAGUCAUGAAGAACAGAACUUUCUGUCCCAAAGUGCCAUUGAGGAUUUCUACUGGAUGGGACUGAGUGACCUGGUGACAGAGGGACAGUGGAUUUGGGUGGACAGCACACCUCUCAGUGAGACUGGAGCAGUGUAAGACAUGCCUCAUACGUUCUCAACACAA